AUGGCGCAGCAAAGAAUUUUCACGCCGCUCAAGGUUGGGCACGCUAACCUCGCUCAUCGACUCACGCUUGCCCCAUUAACCCGCUUUCGCGCCGACGACCAGCAUGUUCACUCAGAUCUUGCGAGAGAGGGCAUGGAUAACGUGCCCGGCAUAUGGAGUGGUCCUCAAGUCGCCGCAUGGCGAAAAGUGACCGAUGCUGUCCACGCAAAGGGCUGCUACAUCUAUUGCCAAUUGUGGAAUCUGGGUCGAAAAGCCGACCCUGCUAUACUGGCUCGUGAAGAAGGAGGACCUUAUCCCGUCCUCAGUGCCAGCGACGUACCAAAUACACCUGGUGGCCACAAGCCCGAGCCGCUGACCAAGGACGGCAUCCAGACAAUCAUCAAUGACUACGUCACAGCCGCCCGCAACUCCAUCGAUGCAGGAUUCGACGGCGUCGAGAUCCAUGGCGCCAACGGCUAUCUCAUCGACCAGUUCCUAUCACCUGACGUCAACCACCGCGCAGAUGAGUAUGGCGGCAGCGUCGAGAAUCGAUCCCGUUUCGGAGUGGAGGUUACCCGUGCCGUCAUCGAAGCUAUAGGUGACUCGGCCAAGGUCGGCAUCCGUCUGUCGCCCUGGACGGACCAAGGUUUUCCCCUCGACGGACCUGGUGACCGUAUUCCGCAAUUCACGCACAUCAUCAGCCAGCUCAAGACCCUAAAUCUAGCAUAUCUGCAUCUCGUCGAGAGUAGAAUCAGCGGCGAUGUCGGAAAUGGCGUCUACGAUCCAUCACAGUCCAGAAACGAUCCACUCAUCCGUGAAUGGGGCACAGAACAGCCCAUCAUGCUGGCGGGAGGCUUCACGCCCGAGACCGCUGCACAGAUCGCUGAGCAGUAUGCACAAUAUAAGGUGCUGAUUGCGUUUGGACGCUACUACAUUAGUACUCCAGACCUGCCAUUCCGAAUCCGGAAAGGGCUUGAGCUGAAUCCUUACGAUCGAAAGACAUUCUACUUGAAGAAGAGUCCGGUGGGCUAUACGGACUAUCCUUUUCAUCCACAGUAUACCUCUUCGAUACGAGCCAAAGCAUAG